CUGCUCUUGAGCAAGCUAAAAGAUGAUUGGUCUGAUUGUUUUCAUGAUCCUGGGCACUGCAGCUGCAGUCCCUUUGGAUGACAAGAUUGUGGGGGGUUACGAGUGUCCAGCUCAUUCUCAACCCUGGCAAGUAUCCCUCAGUGAGGGCUACCACUUUUGCGGCGGUGCUCUCAUUAACAACCAGUGGGUCAUUUCUGCUGCCCACUGCUGGAAAAUACCCUCUACCCAUGUUGCCAUUGUGGGUGAACAUACAAUCUGGUAUACUGAGGGCACAGAGCAGUAUAUGGCAAUUGACGACAUCUACACACAUGAGAGUUUUGAUUACUUUACCCUAGACUAUGACAUCAUGCUGAUGAAAUUGAAAUACCCUGUUACUGUGAACGAGUACGUCAAGCCUAUUGCUUUACCCAAAGCCUGUCCCACACCCGGGGAUAUGUGCACAGCAUCUGGAUGGGGGCAGACAUUCCCUGGUCAAGACUUUUCAUAUGAGCUACAUUGUGUAGAAGUCCCAAUUCUGUCUGACAUCGACUGUGAGAACUCCUACCCUGGCAGGAUUACUGAGAGCAUGAUGUGUGCUGGAUACCUGGAAGGGGGCAAGGAUGCUUGUCAGGGGGACUCUGGUGGCCCUCUGGUGUGUAAUGGGGAGCUGCAGGGAAUCAUCUCUUGGGGUGUGGGCUGUGCUGAGCCCAACCUUCCAGGUGUCUACACCAAAGUCUGCUCUCUGGUUUCCUGGAUCAAUGACACUAUUUCCCGAUACAGCUAGACUGUCAUCUCUAGAACUUCACGAGAGAAGGGAAAACAGAGAGAUUGAAAUUGAAGGAGACAGAGAACGGAGGUGGUUGUGGGUAGUGUCAGAAAGACAAGCAGCAGGCUAAGACAGAGUCACAAGGAAAAAACAAUCUGAGGGCACAAUAAAUAAAAUCAGCUAUUCUGCAUCAAUAUGUUUGUAUUUAUUUGUAAUGUUUCUGCCACUUUGGCAAAUGUCUUACUAUAAGACAUUUCUGUAAUGUCUCAUAUUAAAAAAAUGUAAUUAUUGUGUCAAA